AUGAGCCAUGGAUCACAAAUGCCGGGACACUUGGACGAUGAGAAUGAUCUCACCACCCCAGAGGAGAUUGGUCCCCUCCAGUCACUGAGCCCGAGACCGCCACCUAACACUCAAUGGAAGGCAUCCUCGCGGAAAGUAGAUGAGACACUUGCUCAGGGCCUGUCUAAUGAAGAUUUAUGGAUGCUGAUCCGUCGAUUUGACAAGCAAAUCUACCAUGUGAAAGCGGUUCAUGAUACCGCUGCUCUGAACUUGGAUCUUAAUCGCACCGAAAAUGAGCAGUUUCCACCUGAAAAGCUGCGCAUGACGCUUGAGAGAUUUUAUAUCUCCGUGGUUGUCGGAGUGACCGAGCUUUUCCGCCAUAUUACUCGCCUGCGAUCAUGGAAGGAACCGGCGAGAACGACAAUGUUUUGCGCAGGCUAUUUCGUUGCUUGGGUUGUGGACCUCUUGGUUCCAACCAUUUGCGGUCUUGUCGUAGCCUUGAUAAUGGUUCCGCCUGUUCGGCUGGUACUAUUCCCUGGCUUGACAAAGGAAGAAGGCUCAACUGGGAGCAGCUCUCAAGAGGGACAACCCCAAUCCGAGGAUAGCCUCACUGGUGCCCCAGAAAACCACAAGGGUGAAGCCGCCGAACAAGAGGCCAAAAAUCUGGUUGACAGCUUUGCCACCGUUGCUAUGGAAAGCGCAGCGGCCAAAUAUGGUCAAACAGUUACGGAGGACGCCCCCGAUAGACCUGCGCUUCUUGAAAGCCUAGAAGCUGCCGAGGCUGCAGCUACAACCCCGGCGGGCGAUUCCCCUGAAGACAAGACUAAGAAGCCCAUGAAAAAGAAGGUGGCACACGCGACCGAUAAUGUCAUGCGUAUUCUCAGCGAUAUUACAGAUAUAUAUGAGAAAUUUGCCAACAUCCUUUCUCCAACACCUCCGUUCUUUUUGGUCACAUCUAGACUCCGCCUUGCGAGCAUUUUUACCCUGGUGUCUGUUAUUGUACCUUUCACAUCGAGUUAUUGGAUCAUCAAGAUUGUUGGCUUCGCACUUGGACUGGGCUUCUUCGGGGACCCAAUAUUCAUCUAUACCCUUGAUCUGCUGAACGAUAAAGUACCAAACUGGAAAGAUCAUCUUGAUUUGCAGAAGACACUUUUGGCUGGCGUUCCCACAAAUGCGCAGCUCACUUUGACAUUGCUCCGAAUUGGCGAGAUCAAUUCUUCGCCACUACCGCCCGCCCCCUCCCGUGAUGACGACGAGCCUGUUUGGCCCAUCCGCCGCAAAAAGUCACAGGCAGCGAGCUCUACAGACCUCAGUACACGGGGAUCAUCUGUGGACCUCCAGUCGACGAACUCGACCACAUCGCUCCCGGAAACGAAGGUGCCGAAGAAGAAAUUUGUAUUCAAGCUCUUCAGGUUCUUCCGUCGCACAAUUGCGACGGCAAUCAAGGGCCAUAUAGCCUUUGACCGAGCCAUGGCCAUUGCAGGGUCAGCACAUACCAAGAAUCUGAUUGGAAUGCUGCAAGAUGGACACUUUGCUGCUGCUGCAACACAGUUCGGGCCCUUGAAGUUCGAUGCGAAGUUUGAACGCAAGAGAGGCGCGGCGGUCAUUGACUCGUCAAAGGAGCCUCCUAUUUUGUAUUUCACCACAUAUGCAUCCGCUGGACUGGAUGAUCUCCGCAUCGAAAGUAGGAAGAAGGGCUCUGUUUUGUUCCAGAUUCCUGUCACCGAGAUCAAAGAGCUAAAGAAGACGGAGGGACUAGGGUGGAAGGGGAAAUUGAUUGUUGAACUGACAGCUGGGAGCAAGGAGGCUGCAGAUGGACUGGUUGUCAGCGGUGAUGAGACGGGCCAGUCUUACCAUCUCACUGGUAUGAGGUCAAGAAAUCAACUGUUCAAUCGGUUGAUUGCUAUUGAUGCACAGUUCUGGGAAAGUCGUUGA